AUGGCGAUGAACCACUCUUCGGCAAACAAUGAUCACUCCGCCAUGCAUGGAAUGCACGGCGGCGGUAGCUCCUGCGUGAUUUCUAUGCUUUGGAAUUGGCAUGUCAUCAAUGCCUGCUUCAUUUCCUCAUCGUGGAGAAUUACAUCUAGAGGAAUGUUUGUAGGGUCAUGUGUAGGCGUCAUCCUCCUCGUCAUGACUCUCGAGUUCCUCCGACGGGUCGGCAGUGAAUUCGACAGGUAUCUCGCUGGGAAACGCUUGAGUCUCCCGACCCGCCUGCAGCGGGCGAACGUGAACCCGAAGUCGACAACCAGUUCCUGUGAAAGUCCGACUGAAGCAUCUGUGCUACAGCCACAAUCUCAGAUGCGACCUACACUUCUUCAGCACACUGCCCGCUCGCUGCUUCACAUGAUGCAAUUCGGAGUUGCUUACAUUAUCAUGCUGCUGGCCAUGUACUACAACGGGUACAUAAUCAUUUCGAUCUUGAUAGGAUCUUUCCUAGGCUUUUUUGUGUUUUCAUGGAGAUCAGGCGAAGAAAAGUGA